UUACGCUGCGUCAUCCGGAUAGGAAAUUGCGCCACUGCUCAGUGAGUAUGUGACCAACAUAAGAAUAUUAGACAAUUUUCCACGACUGCUGUGAGGCAUAUGGUGUGGAGUUAAAUUACAGAUAAUCUUGACGACGGCACCGUCUUUAUAAAUCGUAACACUCCCAAAACAAGCAGGCAUGGGAGCUGGUUCCAGUCAACCCAGUGAGAAUGAUGAGCAGGCCAUCGUACCCCAGCAGGACAGGAGAAAGACCUCUAACAGGAGACACUCUGAGGAAACACUGGACUGCCCAACCUGCCAGGGCACGGGCCGCAUCCCACGAGGCCAGGAGAGCAAAUUGGUGGCAGUGAUCCCCUGCUCCGAUCAGAGGCUGAAACCACAACACACGAAGUUGUAUGUCACUGUGUCGGUGACGCUGUGCCUGCUGGUCAGCUCGCUGGUCCUCUUCUUCUUGUUUCCUCGCAGUGUCAUCCUCUCACCUGUUGCUGUCAAGUCUGUCUAUGUUUACUUCACCCCGACCACUGUCCAAAUGAACAUCACGAACAUCCUGAAUAUUACCAAUGACAACUUCUUUACAGUUCAGGCCUACAACUUGACAGUGCAGGCUCUUUUUGAUAAAACUGUUGUGGGCAAGGCUGAUAUGAAAAAUGUCACCACUGUCAAACCACUCACGGACAAAACGUUUGCCUUUGAGAUUCCUGUCACGCUAGUGGAGGAGGGUCUGAACAAUUACUGCAAGAAAUCUACAAUCAAGAUCCAUACGUUAUUUGUCCAUCUUCAGAUGUCAAUGACUGUUUACUACCUGGCUCACUUUGAGCAGCUUUCCCUGGACACGUUUGAAUACAUUGACUGUGGGUCUAACACCACAACACCCCACCUCAUCAACCCUACACCCUGAGAUCAAGGGCUCCAUGAGUGGCGGGAUGACUGAGGAGUAGGCCAUGAGGUGAACUGUGUGGUCAAAAGACAGUUAUUUUUUUCUUGAAAAAUGCAAAUGUCCCUCAAGUUAUGGGGAAGGAAGAAACUACAAAAAUGUGGAGCUUGAAAUUAAAAUUAAAGCUCUGAAAUGUUAUGUUUGUCUUUCCUAUGCACCUCUGUAGCACUUGCUUUUUAACUAGGGUCAUUGCUGUGGUUGGAGGCUCUGCGCUGUGAAAAUUACUUUUUUUUUGCCACAUCCUACUGAAGGUUACUCUGUUUUGUCUUCAAAGAAACUGAGACUUGAGUGGACUACAAAUUUGCACACAUUUUUGAAGGAGUAAUUUAGAUAUUAUAUUUUUGCAUAAUUUCUUAUAAAACAGAUUGUCAGUGCAGUUCUACAAACAAGUAAAUUACUUUUGUAUGCGUUUUAAUUUGUUAAAGUAGGUAAAACCAUUUAGUAUUCUUAAAUGUAUGCAUACAACUCUGUAGCAUUGAUCACAUAAUGACUGUGGUAGAGACCAUUUAUAACUUUUCUAUGGCAUAACAUCGGAAUUACAGUUCUGUCUUUGAUUUGUACACCAUUGGGAUUGACUACAGACCACACAUUUGUAUGUUAAACCAUAAUCUCUAAUUGUAUGCUAAUUCUAACAGCUAUAACAAGAUCUGGAUAUUAAUUCACCUAUUGUUUUUAUGUGUCACUGAAAUGGGAUUAUUGGGGUGGGGGGAAAGGUUGUUAGGAAUCCACAUGGACUAGUAGUGUCACCAGGGGUUUUUUGGAAUCCACAUGGACUAGUAGUGUCACCAGGGUUUUUUUUUUGAUGUGGAAGCUAACUAAUUUACUCACUUGUUCUUGCACUACAGCAUAAUCAUGGCAAUGUUUUCUGUGCCCUGUUCAAAUACUCAAUCUUUACUUUUUAGUGCAUUGUUUUCACCUUUGUCAGAUCAGUGAAGUAAAUAAUAGAAUACAGUAUUGAAUACUUUAAAAUACCUUUUUUUUCAGGCUUUGUGAUUCCACCUUCCUUGUUUGGUCACAUGAUUCAAGGGUGUCGUAUUUUGAAAUGGCCACUGAGUGGUGCUGAACUUGCACAGAAAGUUGCCUUGACGAUAGUUGGGUGCAGUCCAUAUUAGUCUUCUUCACCAAUAACUGGAUAUGGGUUCUUCACCACUGCUGGGAGUACUGUAUGAACUAAAGUAGAGAAAUAAACACUCCUAUAAUUAUAUGUACUGUAUAUCAAUAAUACAUACCAUUAUCACAGCAUAUCACAUGCACUCAUUGAGUAUCUGUUGUCAAUCUUAGCACUGUACUGGAGCUUGUUUGUGGAGUGUGAACAUUCAUUCACGGCUGAAAGACGAGGAGAAGAUAAUGGCGUGUUAGUGGAUACAAUGGUCAAGAGAGGAAGUCAUCAACGGUGCUCAUAGAGUACUCCAAGACUUUGUACAGAUAUGUUGUAAUCUGUGUUGUUCUGUUACUAAGAACCUGUUAUCCUUCCUGUCAACUGGUCCAGUUGUCUGAGACUAGAGUUUCACAGUUGAUAAUUCACCUGCAAAAUAGCACAAUGCAGGUGGCCAUACAAAUGAACUGUACGUGACCCAUGUCAACGGGCUGGCAACUACUUCUAGUCCUUUCUCACCCAUGACAGGCACUCACUGGGGGUUGCAUCCAGUAAGAAUUAAACAGGGAAAUGUAUUUUUGAAACAAUAUUAUUACCACUACCUGAACUUGUAA